AUGUCGAAGAAGACGAAACACCGAAAAAUUAUGAUCCGUGUGAAUGGCCAAGCCAACCAGGGAGGUCGAAAAGAAAUGGAAGAUUUUAAACGCGUAGUUUUUGACCGUAACCCGGAGCAAGCUUUCUUCGCUAUCUUUGAUGGCCACGGUGGAGGAGACGCCGCCGAUUUCGCCAGGAAUCAUCUAUGGGACACGAUAAAGCAACAAAAAGGGUUCUACUCUGGCGAAACAUCGCGAGUCACCAAGGCAAUAAAGGAUGGGUUUGUGGCUACGCACCGAGAAAUGUGGAAGCACCUUGGUAAGUUAGUUUCCCUUUCGUGUCAUUUCGCGUUGGAUACUGAAACUUGUGGUAUGGCUAAAACAGAUACACUUCAUGAUUCGAUUUGGGGCAUGUCAUUUGUCGCUUUUCCUUGGAUCGUAUAGAAGAUUAAGAGAUAUCUUUGGCAGUUUGUAUAUAUCCCGCCAAAAUUGUUGUUUGGAAUUAUUCGUGACGUUGAAAAGCGACUCGUGCAUGAAUAUAUCCUGUUGUCUUUCAAAGCUUUUCAUAUGCAAAACACCCAUGCUUGUUUGUAGAAUGAAAGCCAAGUAAAAAAAAUUGCUCUUUCCUGCCGAAAUAAAGUAAAGAGCAUUUUUACAGAGAAUGUUUUUUCUUCUGUAAAAGGUGUAAAAUAUGUCGUUUCCUUAAUCGUUUUUACGCGUGAUGGAUCACUACAACGAAGAAAUUUACUAAAAAUGUUUUGAACCUAAUUAAAUUGUCUAUUGCGUCACAAUGACUCUUGGAAAUUCAUUAAUUUUUUUAAAAGCCGAGAACGGGCUGUUUUAAUUAUGUGGUUUAGGCCAGUGAAGGAAAAAAUUCAAAAAUCGAAAAUACAACCGCUUGGUCCGAACUUAGACCGGAUGUUGGUAAUCAAUCUUUUGUUUUUAGAACCUGUGUCUCUGCAGGGUGCUGAGGGCCCUGUUAGCACCUGUCAAUCAAAUAAUUGUUUCCUGUCACGCUAGAAUAAGAUGUGACAGGAGUGAGUUCAAGUCGAUCGGAGUGGUCACAAGCUGAAGCUAGUGGAACGUUUUUUUUUUUUGUAGAACUCAGGAAUAAAUUGUUCAAAAAUGGUAUAACAAACCAGGUUUCUUGAAUUGUGAUCCACUUGCAUGGUACAGCUGUGUCUUCAAGACUUUUCUGGAUAGAGAAUGGAAUCUAGAUGCUUUUUUCAUUUUUAUCUAUAUAUUUUUUAUUUCGGAACUGUAGUUUUUAAAAAUACUAGUUUCCCCGUCUUUAUAGUCGAAGGCGCGAUCCAACUUGUCUACGGUAUGGGUGUGACAAAAAGCACUGACAUAUCACUCUGAAAUGUCACGCUCAUAACAACCCCCGGCGAUGUUUGUGUAACGAUAUCAGAUUAAAUAUUUGAACAACAAACAUAUCACUACACCACGAGGAGCCUCCUGACUUCGCACAAAUUGCUCGUUUCACUGCAAUACUUUCCAAAUGAAAUGCAAGUGAACGACAGACAUGCGAGUCAUGCAAUCUCUGGGACACAGGCUGGUCCGAGGAAAAAAGGGAACAAAAACCUGAAAACCUGACUCGAUAAAAGCGUAUGUAAGGAGGUCCAGGCUUAUGUUUCUUUUCACAAUACCGUCAAUGAUCUAAUUGACGCCCUCUCUCAAAUAAACGCCUCUUGUCUAAUAAACGCCCCCUGUAUUAGACGCCCCUCAGACACCCCAUGUGACAGUCACUCCAAAAUAUACCAGGGUUUAGCAAAAUGGAGCAAAAUCAUUCAAGUGAUUUAGUUUCCUCUUUGAUUAGAAUAAACAACGUUUUGUGCAUUGCAUCUUUUUUAAUUUCAAGUUCAAAGUAAGGAUAGACUAUAAACGAUGACAACACAAUUUCCCUGUUAGCAGAGGUCUGUUAGGACGAGGCCUCGUCGUGCGAGACCUCUGCUAGCAAGGAACAACACAAUGAUCCUGACUGAGGGUUCUUACAUCGAAGUUGAGAUUUGUAAGAGCGACACGGACAUCAACUGAUGCAAUGAAUAUUCCGCUGUUUUUAAACUCGUCGAAAGCAUAUCAGUUUUGAAGAGGUUGAUAUAAAAUUGGAAAUAAACGCCACUUUUCUAUUGAACGCCCUUUCUCUCUUGGACCCUAGCCUGCAUAACAGACGCUGUAUGAGGCAAGCGAGGCGAACGGGGCACUUUGCGCGGAGCGCGAAACGAUCGCGAAGCGCGAGAGACGCCGCGUUCGCCUCACGUGGCUCAUAAAGCGUCUGUUAUGCAGGCUACUUGGAGCCCUAAAAUUAAAUAAAAGCCCGGGCGUGUAUUAGAUCAUUUACGGUAUUUUACCUUAAGAAAGAGGAUUGUUUAAUCAGGGAUAACGUUUUCUAGACCAGGCUCCCGCUUAGACGUUUCUGUAUGUUUCUGCAUAUUUUGAACGCAUUAUGAUUCAUUUUUAAUGCGACAAUGUGGUGAUGAAACAUCUUUGUUUAUUAUUUUGUAACUGGAUUUAACUGUUCCAUUCGUAGAUUCCUGGCCACGAACAAGACACGGCCUUCCGAGUACAUCGGGUACAACAGCAACUGUUGUAAUUUUAAAGGGUAGAACGCUGUACAUAGCCCACGUGGGCGAUUCAGGCGCAGCCCUUGGAAGGUUAAAUCAGGAGAAAAAACUCCAAGCCGUACGCCUUACGGCCGAUCACAAACCCGACGUUCCUUCAGAAAAGACUCGGAUAGAGUCAGUUGGUGGUCAGGUUCUCUCCCGGAACGGUGUACCACGUGUGGCGUGGGAGAGACCCGUCCAUCAUGGCCAUAAGGGACCAGUUCGAAGAAGCACACAACGGGAAUCGGUGCCAUUCUUAGCUGUUUCAAGAGCACUUGGUACGUAGGACAAAUGAAGUACUAUUUUUGACGAAUAAAGACCUUUGAAAUAUAUAGGAGUCUGGGAAAACUACUUUUUUUUCUGCUUGAUGAUCCAGUAUAUUCGUUGCCACGGAAAUCUUGAACUCUCAUUUUCUCAGAUAUUUUUAGAGAGUCAAAUUCCCCCCUCGCAAAUUUGGCCCGUAGUGGUCGGUCAGUUAGUCUGUCAGUUCGUCAAUCAAAUGAUGAGUUACAAAAUUAGCCCAGUAGAUUUGCGGUCAAACUGCUGUAAUUCUGAGGCCGUUCACAUUUCUUCCCUCAGCAGUGCAGACAGCAAAAAACCAAUAUGAACCCGAAGCUUAGUCCAUUGUUGGGAGCUCUUCAGAGAGCCUGCUCUCAGGCUAAUAUAAAUAUACUUGGUCUUUUCUAAACAGAAACUGUGGCCAGUUCUGCGUCGACGAGAACGUGAAACACAAGACCUGACAUCCCGUGUGUUUACGAUAGCCUGUUCCAGGCGUUCGGAUGGUGGGGAGGGGGCAAAAAAUUAGGGCGCCGGCGAAAAAUUGACGACGGAAAAAAUAGUCUCCCCUCGUUUUUUCCCCUCGUGUUUCUUUUUGCGCCGGCCGCGUACGAGUUAACUUGCUCCCCACUAUCAAACGCCUGGAACAGGCUAGUUUUAUACGAUGGCCAGUUAACUUUUAUCGACUCAGUUGAAAAUACCAAAUUCUUCUUGCUGUGACGAUAAGCGUAAGAACAGAUUGCUGUUAACAAAACUAAUAACAUUGAACAUAUUUAUUUAAAAUGCAGGUGAUCUGUGGAGUUUCAAUUAUUAUCGCAGCGAAUUCAUUGUCUCCCCAGUCCCUGACGUUCGGGUCCACAAACUGACACCUGGAGUGGACAAGUUUCUGAUCAUAGCAUCUGAUGGACUGUGGGGGGUGAUGAAAGUAGAUGAGGCAGUCAAAUUUGUUCAUAAUUACGACCAGGACGAUAUAUGCAAAAUGGGGGACGUGUCACACAGGUAGGAUCAGUGAGGGUCUCUUUCGUUCUGUUGGCCCACAUAACGACGCAGUCUAUUCUUUUAUCACUACAUUUGGGCGUAUAAACUACUGAAUCCAUGAUAUAAAGAGCGGGUCAUUGGAGUUAGGUAGCAUGCGAGCAGGCUCACUCGAGGGAGUUCGGGGAAAAUUUCGGCGGCGAGCCCGCCAGUCGGCGAGGAAGAGUCACUUUUCCUUACCCUAUUCUUCUCGCCGGCUUUCCCAGCACGCGCCGCCAAAAUUUUCCACAAACUCUCUUUAGCGGGCCUGUCCGCAGGCUACGUGAUAGGUUUUUUGUCACGUGGUAGGAUCGUUUUCGCUUUCAGCAUGUUUAAACUUGUUCAGUGUUGUUGAAAGUUUUGAUCAUUUGACCAAAGCGCGAGAUAGCUGAUGGGCAGCUGCUGAAGUGGCUUGUGCCAGGUUUUCAGAUAGUAGGGACACCAGCAAAAUAAAACAAGCCAAGUGAAAAUAAGACCCGCGCGAUCUGGGAAAGGGGCAGAGGCUUAUCUAAAAUGCAAAAUAGUUGUACGUCGACUAAUUGGCUGUUAAAGUAUUUCAAUUUGCGAAACGGGUGUACUUUUGACGUGAAAUAGUGACCAACGUACACUCCACUUAACCUAUCUUCGUAAUUUUGGAACUUAGACAUCUUUGAUCAGAAUAAUCAGGUACCAGAACUUUUUCCAGCCAAUGAACAGGCGUUCCGGUGAGGGGGCAAAACCUUCCCAUCUUCUUGCGUUUUUGCGUCUUCAAUUUGCCCCAACAGCUUACCCUCACCGGAAAUAAUAAUAUUUCCGGUGAGGGUAAGCUGUUAGGGCAAACUGAAGACGCGAAAACGCAAGGAGAUGAGAAGGAGAGGGUCCCGCUCCCCUUUUUCUCCCCCAACUUUGGUCAAACUCUCACCCUUGCCUAUCAUUGGCUACCAAGCACCGUCUGAAGCUUUUUCGAGUUCAUAAUUUUAGUGUCUUAUAUUCUUUUACUUUACCAACAGAUUAGUUUAUCGAGCACUGGCAAAAUGGAGAGAGCGGGAAUUAAGAGCAGACAAUACAAGUGUUAUUGUAGUGUUCUUCGAUGAAACACCUCAGGUCGAACCACCAGCGAAAAAAUCAAGACUCGACACCCCCGAUAGCGAAGGCGAUACAACAGAGGGGGAAGCGAAAGAAUCUACGGAUUCCGCUCAAGAAAGCGAUAAAACUCCGGACCAAGACUCCCUAACAAGUACAAAACCAACUCUUGUGAGAAAACUGGCUUUUCGCUGUUCCAACCCAAUGCAGUUUAAUUCUUGUAUGAAUCACUUCUCGAACACUAAUUCAGCAGCCGGACUGCUGUCAUCUUUAACUUCUUCAAACAAUGCUAAUUCUUCGUCAGUGUGUAAUUGUCAGUCGUAAAUAUAAAUUAUAAGGGCGUUGAGUUAAAAAAAUUGUUUUUCCCUCCUAUAAGUGAGUUUUUGAGAACGCUAAUAAGUUCGUUAAAAAUUCAGUCGUGGACAGUUCUUUUUUUCCAGCUGCGUCGACGGGUAAAGAGAACAAUUGAAUGCAAUAAAAAAUGAGCGACUGGGGAGUCCGCAGUCUUCGCUCGUUUACGCCCUCGCUUACUGUCGUUAGAAAUUUGUAGAGCUCAAGUUCUCACUUUUGGAGGAAGAAUUGAGAGUUCCUAACUAAGAGAACUGGCUUUCCAGAAGCCUUGUCUUUAAAAUUCCUUUUAAAAGACUUAAAAAAACUAAAGGCUCAACCUUGGUCAUGCAUUUUUAAAGGUCCCAAGAAGUGGCUUCUCCUAGUUAUGCUCUUUGCUUUGUAGUAAACUGAAUUUCGUACGUGUGUAUAUAGUAUAUAAAAAUCACAUUACACUCGCGGCGAGCUUUUAAAUUCCUCAAAUAUUUGUAAUAUAUAGGAUGAAAUAUUCUUUGAGGGGUAAUACGCGUUUCACGAUAUUUUGUAACAAUCAGUGUAGAAAAUAUGAUUCUUUUAAAAUCAAUUUUAAUCAAAUUUUCAAAGUCGAACACUCUUGUAAAUAAUAUUUAAAUGUAUCGCUACUAAGCUCCAAAAAUACCGUGAAAACUUGAAGCUUUCACCUUGAUAAAUAGAAAAUAGCUGUUAGGUGUUUUCUUACAAGCUGAAAACACAUUAGAUUGGUGCCAAAACGAAAUGAACUAUUUUUAGGCACUGUGCUUGGCACUACAGUGUGUCGUCAGAGGGAGAAAAGGUUAAAAUUUGGUUAUAAAAUUGAAGGCGUUAAAUGUAUUACUAGUAUGGCAGGACCAGAAAUAAAAAAGGAAUGAACUAAGGCACAAAAAAGGUGCAAUAGUGUCGAGGCUAGCUUUUUCUUUCCAGCACUUCUAGAGAACUUUUUCACGGUCGUUAACUACAUGUAUAGUGCGAGCUGUGAGAGAAGAAAGGGCAGUCACUCGAGUGUGCGCAGAAAGAGUUU